AUGGCCAGGGCACAACUGGCGGAAGAAAAUUUAAAGAUCCAGCAGGACGCCUACGCUCAAACGGCGGGAUCACACAAACGCAUUAAUAAAAUACAGCAUCAGAUUAACACGUUGGAAUCGCAGAAAACCCAGCUGUGCGAGGAGAAGAUCCAGAUGCAAGAUCGGAUUAAUCAGAUGCAGGCUUGGUGCGCCCAGAGGGAAGAACCCACGGGACUGCCAGUUCAGCCGGCUACGACAGAGGGUGACAACGACUUUAGUCCACAGGCUUUUCACACCUCGGCACAUACUGCCAAGAUGGACGGGCAUGCCGAACGGUCUUCUUUUGUGUUGGGGGCCCCGCCCCAGGUGGGGUUGCGAGGAAUUCAAGAACUGAAGAACAAGUUCGUGGACAAAGGUUUUCGUCCGGAGGAGAACAUCCGGACUUUUGAAGGAGCCAUGGAGUAUUUAGUGGAGACUUCCCCAGAACAGUUACUGGCGGCUUAUCGCGACCUUUUCCCAUUACCCAUUAGGCCUGGGUUUGAGCUCUGCCAGGCGUGGGACAACUUUGUGGCAUGGAUUUAUGCUAUCCGUCACGAGGGCAUGUCGGCCGAACAAUCACAAUUGGGCAGACGUUUGUAUUAUCAGCUUCGGGUGGCUCAGGCGGCGAAGGAAAACCCCGGAGUCAACAUCCAAACUCUUGCCAAUGCCAUCAGCGAUCCCAGAAAAGAAGAAGACCCCGUUUUUCAGGCGGUUCAGAAAGCGAAGAAACAUUCCGCCCAUCCCCCGAGCUAUGCGCGAUGUUUUCGAUGUGGCCGCACAGGGCAUUACAGCACAACUUGCUAUGUGCAGGUGAAAAAGACUCCGUUUAAGCCAAAAAACGAUUAUCGGCCCCGGAAGCAAUGA